GCAUAUGAUGCCACAUAAUCGAAUGAUUUUUUUUCGAUUAAAAUUAAAUUCCAACAUCGGAAUAAAUUCCAUUCUGGAAAAAUUAAUAAUUGAGUUCGACAAUGACUGAUGAAAUAUUAGAAACAGCUAUUCAUCCUAAUCAAGAAGAAAUUAUAGCAGCUGAACAAAAUGAUGAAAAUCAACAUCAAAAGCAAUCACAACAAAAAUCAGAAUUAGAUGGCUGUCAAGACGAUGAAUCAACAAUAAAAACAAAUUCUUCAAGUGAAGAUGAUGAAAAUGAUGAUGAUUUACAAACUUAUCCUAAAAUCGAAGUUUGUUUGUUAAAAAAUAAUCCUUGUGAUAAAAAACGUAACUUAUCGCAGCAAAAGCACCCAUUUUCUCGAUCACCUAUUUGCCGUAGCAAUUCAAGCAAUCAAUUAGCUUCAUUUACAAGUGAUAAAAAUGAAAAUUCCACCAAAUCAUCUUUGAAAUAUUGGAUUUCAGCAAUAUUUUUGGUGAUAUUAGCUUCAGCUGUGCUUUCAUUUCCCAUUGAAUUUCGGAAAGUUUCGUUAUUAUUCAAUGAGUUCGGAAAACCAAAUAGCCUAAAUCAUGAUCAAAUUGAGCUGAUUCAAAAAUUUCUAAAUGAAACAAAUUCAUUCAUGCCAGAUAUAAGUCAAGGAAUUUUACAAACCGUAAUUUAUAACGUUUAUUCAUCCAGUGCAAGUUCGAUCAUCCUAUUAUUGAUCGGUAAUGCUGAACAACAAGUUCAAUUGCAUGAUAUUUCACAAAAUUUGGCAAAUCUUAUAGUUGAACUAAAACAAGAAGAUUAUUUUCCUACUAUUCAAUUGGAUCAGCAUUAUACAAGUGAUAUGAUUGAGCAUCAAUUUGAAACAGUUUUUAAUGAAGAACAACGAUCGGUGAUGGUUUUGGAACAUCUCGAAUCAUUGCCUUCUACAGUCACAACUACUUUUCAUCAAUUCGUCGACAAUAAUCAAUCGAAAAUACCUAAAUCAUUCACGAUCAUAACUCUGGUACAGAAUUACACUACUUUGAAAUCAAUCGAAGUAGAUAAAGAUAUGUCUCUACUUGAUUUAGAGAAAAUAUCAACAGAAAUUUUACAACAACUUUGGUCGAAAGAAGUACCUAAAGAAUCACUCGAUUGUCUUAUCAAUCGAUUGGCUGAAUAUUCUAUCAUCUUAUUAUCAUAAAUACGAAAUAAAUUUUAUUUUAUUUUAUUUUUUUUUGUCAA